UUUCUGCAGAUCACACUGCACUUCCUGAGGAGAAUGAAGCAGGAGGAGCUGGCUGAGCGUCUGCAGAGCAAAACUCUCGCAGGGUGCCAACGUGAACUCAGAUCUAACCUGAAGAAGAAGUUUGAGUGUGUGUUUGAGGGGAUUGCUAAAGCAGGAAACCCAACACCUCUGAAUGAGAUCUACACAGAGCUGUACAUCACAGAGGGAGAGAGUGGAGAGCUCAAUGAGGAACAUGAGGUCAGACAGAUUGAAACAACACCCAGGAAACAAGCCAGACCAGAAAAAACAAUCAAAUGUGAAGACAUCUUUAAACCUUUACCUGGAAGAGAUCGACCAAUCAGAGCAGUGAUGACAAAGGGAGUGGCUGGCAUUGGGAAAACAGUCUUAACACAGAAGUUCACUCUGGACUGGGCUGAACACAAAGCCAACCAGCAUGUCCACUUCACAUUUCCAUUCACUUUCAGAGAGCUGAAUCUGCUGAGAGGGAAAAAGUUGAGCUUGGUGGAACUUCUUCAUCACUUCUUCACUGAGACCAAAGAAGCAGGAAUCAGCAGGUUUGAGCAGUUCCAGGUUGUGUUGAUCUUUGAUGGUCUGGAUGAGUGUCGACUUCCUCUGGACUUCAAGAACAACCAGAUCCUGACUGAUGUUACAGAGUCCACCUCAGUGGACGUUCUGCUGACAAACCUCAUCAAGGGGAACCUGCUUCCCUCUGCUCGCCUCUGGAUAACCACACGACCCGCAGCGGCCAAUCAGAUCCCUCCUGAGUUUGUUGGCAUGGUGACAGAGGUGAGAGGCUUCACUGACCCACAGAAGGAGGAAUACUUCAGGAAGAGAUUCAGAGAUGAGGAGCAGGCCAGCAGAAUCAUCUCCCACAUCAAGACGUCACGAAGCCUCCACAUCAUGUGCCACAUCCCAGUCUUCUGCUGGAUCACUGCUACAGUUCUGGAGGACGUGUUGAAAACCAGACAGAGAGGAGACCUGCCCAAGACCCUGACUGAGAUGUACAUCCACUUCCUGGUGGUUCAGUCCAAAGUGCAGAACAUCAAGUAUCAUGGUAGAGCUGAGACAGAUCCACACUGGACUCCAGAGACCAGGGAGAUGAUCCUUUCUCUGGGAAAACUUGCUUUUGAGGAACUGGAGAAAGGCACCCUGAUCUUCUAUGAAGCAGACCUGGCAGAGUGUGGCAUUGAUAUCAGAGCAGCCUCAGUGUACUCAGGAGUGUUCACACAGAUCUUUAAAGAGGAGCGUGGGCUGUACCAGGACAAGGUUUUCUGCUUCGUCCAUCUGAGCGUUCAGGAGUUUCUGGCUGCUGUUCAUGUCUUUGUGACAUUCAUCAACUCUGGAGUCAAUCUGCUGUCAGAAGGACAAUCAACCUCCCAACUAAAACUCCUCUACCAGAGUGCUGUGGACAAGGCCUUACAGAGUCCAAAUGGACACCUGGACUUGUUCCUGCGCUUCCUCCUGGGUCUUUCACUGCCGACCAAUCAGAUUCUCCUACAAGGCCUGCUGACACAGACAGGAAGUAGCUCACAGACCAAUCAGGAAACAGUCCUUUUCAUCAAGGAGAAGAUCAGGGACAAUCCCUCUCCAGAGAGAAGCAUCAACCUGUUCCACUGUCUGAAUGAACUGAAUGACCAUUCUCUAGUGGAGGAGAUCCAACAGUACCUGAGUUCGGGACAUCUCUCCACAGUCAAACUGUCCCCUGCUCAGUGGUCAGCUCUGGUCUUCAUCUUACUGUCAUCAGAAGAAGAUCUGGAGGUGUUUGACCUGAAGAAAUACUCUGCUUCAGAGGAGGCUCUUCUGGGGCUGCUGCCACUGGUCAAAGCCUCCAAGAAAUCUGUGCUGAGUGUGUGUAAUCUGUCAGAGAGAAGCUGUGCAGCUCUGGCCUCAGUUCUCAGCUCCCAGUCCUCUAGUCUGAGAGAGCUGGACCUGAGUAACAACCAGCUGCAGGAUUCAGGAGUGAAGCUGCUCUCUGCUGGACUGGAGAGUCCACACUGCAGACUGGAGGCUCUCAGGCUGUCAGGCUGUCUGCUCACACAGGAAGGCUGUGCUUCUCUGGCCUCAGCUCUGAGCUCCAACCCCUCCCAUCUGAGAGAGCUGGACCUGAGCUACAAUCAUCCAGGAGACUCAGGAGUGAAGCUGUUCUCUGCUGGACUGGAGGAUCCAACCUGGAGACUGGAGGCUCUCAGGCUGAGUGUGUGUAAUCUGUCAGAGAGAAGCUGUGCAGCUCUGGCCUCAGUUCUCAGCUCCCAGUCCUCUAGUCUGAGAGAGCUGGACCUGAGCAACAACCAGCUGCAGGAUUCAGGAGUGAAGCUGCUCUCUGCUGGACUGGAGAGUCCACACUGCAGACUGGAGGCUCUCAGGCUGUCAGGCUGUCUGCUCACACAGGAAGGCUGUGCUUCUCUGGCCUCAGCUCUGAGCUCCAACCCCUCCCAUCUGAGAGAGCUGGACCUGAGCUACAAUCAUCCAGGAGACUCAGGACAUGGUGGAGAGCAGUGGCUGAAACCAGGUCUGAGGAAGUAUUCCUGUGAACUCAAACUGGACACAAACACAACAAACAGAAACAUCGUCCUGUCUGAGGACAACAGGAAGGCGAAAGCAGUGAGAGAAGAGCAGCCAUAUCCUGAUCACCCAGAGAGGUUUGACUUCUGGAGACAGAUCCUGUGUAGAGAUGGUCUGACUGGUCGCUGCUACUGGGAGGUCGAGUGGGAAGGAAGGGUUCAUAUGGCAGUGGCUUACAGAGGAAUCAGCAGGAAAGGAAACAGAGAUGACUGUGGGUUUGGCAGGAAAGUCAAGUCCUGGAGUCUGACCUGCUCUGAUAGUGGUUUCUCUGCCAGACACAAUAGCAGAGGAACAUCCAUCCAUGCCCCCUCCUCCUCUAACAGAGUGGCAGUGUAUCUGGACUGGCCUGCUGGCUCUCUGUCCUUCUACAGCGUCUCCUCUGACACACUGAUCCACCUCCACACCUUCAACAGCACCUUCACUGAGCCUCUGUACCCGGGGUUUGGGGUUUGGGUUGACUCCUCAGUGUCUCUGUGUGAGAUUUGAGGAGGGAGAGUCGCCUCCUGUGUCGAGAAACACACACACACACACACACACACACACACACACACACAC